AUGGACUUUGAUGAAGUAAUGAUAAAAUUUCUAAAACUGGCUAAAGAUAAAAAAUCCCAGUAUUACUACGAUGGAGCAAGUAACAUGUCUGGUGCUAAAAAGGGAGUUGCAACACAGUUGUCAAGCCGUGAACCCCGUGCAGUGUAUACGCAUUGCUAUGGACAUGCUCUGAACCUGGCAGUUGGAGACACAGUGAAACGUUCAAAAGUCAUGAGAGACGCAUUAGAUACUGUAAAUGAAAUGUCAAAGUUAAUCAAAUAUUCGCCAAAGAGGGACAGCAAACUAGAGGAAAUUAAACAGGAGAUGAGCCCAGAGACGCCGGGAUUUCGCGUUUUGUGUCCUACGCGUUGGACUGUGAGAGCAGCUAGUCUCGGAAGUGUUCUUGAAAAUUACAAUGUGCUACAAUCUUUAUGGGAAAGCUCGUACGAAAGUGCCAGGGACUCUGAAACACGUGCACGUAUUCUAGGUGUUCAGUCUCAUAUGUCUAAUUUUGACUUCCUGUUUGGUGUUAGCUUAGGGUACGAAAUUCUCAGACAUACGGACAAUUUGAGCAAAUGUUUGCAGAACAAAGACAUGUCAGCAGUAGAAGGUCAGCAUUUAUCCAAAAUUACGCUUGGAACACUCAGUGAUAUGAGAAAGGAUGACGCCUACGAUAAGUUCUGGGAAAGUGUAAAUGAAAAACUGGACACUUUGGAUGUCAGUGAGCCUGUAAUGCCUCGACGUCGUAAAAUGCCAAAACGUUUCGAGACUGGGGAGGCACCACACGAAUUUCACGCCACAGAGAAAGACCUGUACCGCCAGAAAUAUUAUGAGGCACUGGAUUUAGCUGUAAACUGUGUGCAGGAUCGAUUUGACCAACCCGGUUACAAGUCCUAUCGUCACUUGGAAGAUAUGGUACUUAAAUGUGUCACCAAUGACUCUUCAUACCUGGAAGACAUGGAUUUUGUGGUAGACUUCUACAAGGACGAUAUAGAUAGACUUUCACUAAAAUCUCAACUGGAAUCUCUGAAAGUACAUGCUCGAAAUAGCUGUGACAAUGUUUCCAAUGUUACUGUUUCUGAUGUUACCAAAUUGUUGACAAAUAUGAAACCAGCUUCUCGCGCUAUGUUCUCUGAAAUUGUUACUGUCUUGAAACUGAUAUUAGUUAUGCCUGCCACCAACGCUACAAGUGAGCGUUCAUUUUCAGCUUUAAGGAGAUUAAAAACGUACUUACGUUCCAACAUGACUGAAAAACGUUUGAACCACAUUAUGACUUUACAUAUUCACAGAGAGGCAACAGACAGUAUUGAUCUCGAUGCGGUGGCAAAUGAGUUUGUGAACAGCAACGACUCACGUCUUUCCAUUUUUGGAAAAGUUUAA